AUGACAAAGGCAGAAAUUUCAAGACAGACUGGCGUUUCCAGAUGUGCUAUCCAAGCUCUUCUGAAGAAGCACAAAGAAACAGGCAAGGUCGAGGACCAGAAACGCAGUGGUCGGCCAAGGAAACUCAGUUCAGCAGAUGAACGACACAUCGAGUUGACGUCUCUCCGCAAUCGGAAGACGUCGAGCAGUGCCGUCAGCUCAGAGCUGGCAGCAACCACAGGGAGCCUGCCGUGUCUUUUCAUCGCAAUUCUAUUUCUACCGCUCAACUUUGCCGGUGCUGAGUCGAAAGCCAAGUGCUCGUCGCGGUGCGACGUGAACAAGUGUCCGAUUCCCAGCUGUCCAAGUGGCUACGUCCCCGACCGCUGCAACUGUUGCUUGGUUUGUUCCCUGGGAGAGGGUGAGCCGUGUGGCAGGAAGGACGACUUGCCGUGCGGAGAUGGACUAGAGUGCAGGUUCCCGGCUGGAAAGCGAUUGUCCAAGGGAUUUUGCCAAUGUAAAAUAGGGCAAAAGGUGUGCGGGAGCGACGGGAAAACUUACGGCAACGUCUGCAAGAUGAAGGCGGCAAGUCGCAAGGCACUGCAAAGGGGUGAAGUGGCAAUAACACGAGCGCACAAGGGACAGUGUGCACCUGUCAGAACAGGUCCAGCAUAUCCCAACAGUCCGCGGUACAAGUUCAACUUCAUCGCCGACGUGGUGGAAAAAACAGCCCCUGCGGUGGUACACAUUGAACUCUUUCUCAGACACCCUCUCUUUGGACAUAACGUGCCAUUGUCAAGUGGCUCUGGUUUCAUCGUGGCGGAGUCUGGUCUGAUUGUAACCAACGCUCACGUGGUAACGAGCAGCACCACGGCAACGGGCAGACAGCAGCUUCGGGUUCAGCUGCACAACGGUGACACGUACGAGGCCACCAUCAGAGACGUCGACAAAAAGUCCGACAUCGCCACCAUCAAAGUCAACCCGUUUAAAAAACUGCCGGUCCUAUCACUGGGGCGUUCGGCGGACCUGAGGCCCGGCGAGUUUGUGGUUGCCAUCGGCAGCCCGUUCGCCCUGCAGAACACUGUGACGACGGGAAUCGUCAGCACGGCGCAGAGAGACGGCAGGGAGUUGGGCAUUCACGAUUCGGACAUGGACUAUGUUCAGACGGAUGCCAUCAUCAAUUAUGGGAAUUCUGGUGGUCCUCUUGUGAAUCUGGAUGGGGAGGUGAUUGGGAUCAAUACGUUAAAAGUGACAGCAGGGAUCUCCUUCGCCAUCCCCGCAGACCGAAUCAGUCAGUUCCUCAACGAGUCUUUAGACAAACAGCACAAAGAAGCAAAGGGGUCAAAGAAACGAUACAUCGGCAUCAGAAUGGUGACAAUAACAGACGAUGUUGCUGAAGGGCUAAAAGAAGAGGACCCUGACUUCUUAGACGUCAGCAGUGGCAUUCUGGUCCAUGACGUAGUGCCAAAUUCCCCUGCCCACAAGGGCGGGAUCGAAGCCGGCGAUGUCAUCGUAAAGCUAAAUGGCCACCCUCUCUCAACCACCGAUGAGCUGCAGGAGGCGUUGCAGGAGGAGACGCCCCUCCUACUGGAGGUUCGCCGCGGUAACGACGACCUGCUGUUUAACAUCGAACCUCACGUCAUCAUGCAUUGA